AUGGCAUCUUCUUCUUCUCUUCAAUUCCUUCUCUUUUCAUCUCUCAUUCUUCUUUUCAUUUCUCCUUCAUUUUCCCAGCAAUCCUUCCGCCCCAAAGCUCUCGUCCUCCCUGUCUCCAAAGACGCCUCUACACUUCAAUAUCUCACCACCAUUAAACAAAGAACCCGGCUUGUCCCCAUCAGUCUCGUGCUCGACCUCGGCGGCCAGUUCUUAUGGGUUGAUUGUGAUCAAAAUUAUGUUUCUUCAACCUACCGCCCAGCACGGUGCGGCUCAGCCCAAUGCUCCUUGGCUAGUGCCAACGGCUGCGGCGACUGCUUCUCCUCCUCCCGGCCGGGUUGCAACAACAACACUUGCGGCGUCUCGCCUGACAACACUGUGACUCGCACGGCCACGGGUGGCGAAGUUGCUCAAGACGUUGUGUCCGUUCAAUCCACGAACGGGUUCAAUCCUGGAAGGAAUGUUUCAGCGCCGAACUUUGUGUUUUCUUGCGCGCCAACUUCUCUUUUGGAGGGUCUGGCCAGCGGCGUUGUCGGUAUGGCCGGUCUCGGAAGAACGAGAAUUGCAUUCCCUUCACAAUUUGCUUCAACUUUCAGUUUUCAGAGAAAAUUUGCCAUCUGUCUUUCGUCUUUAAACGGUGUAGUCUUCUUCGGAGAAAGUCCUUACGUUUUCCUUCCCAAUGUCGAUGCCUCUCAGCUCCUCAGCUUCACCACACUCUUCAUCAACCCCGUCAGCACGGCCUCCGCAUUCACCCAAGGCGAGCCCUCGGCUGAAUAUUUCAUCGGCGUGAAAUCCAUCCAAAUCGGCGACAAUGUCGUCCCGUUAAACACAACUCUACUUUCCAUAGACAGCCAAGGCGUCGGUGGAACAAAAAUCAGCACAGUGAAUCCCUACACUGUGUUGGAGGACUCGAUUUAUAAGGCCGUGACUGAGGCUUUCAUCAAUCAGUCCGCAGCGAGAAACAUCACCAGGGCGGCUUCCGUGGCACCGUUUGAUGUGUGCUUUAGUUCAAGCAACAUUCUGAGCACCCGCCUGGGGCCAAACGUGCCGACCAUUAAUCUGGUGCUGGAGAGGAACGUGACGUGGAGCAUUUUCGGAGCGAACUCUAUGGUGGAGGUGAACCAGGACGUCUAUUGUCUUGGGUUCGUUAAUGGCGGAAACAACCCGAUAACUUCGAUUGUGAUUGGAGGGCAUCAGUUGGAGAACAUUCUUCUUCAGUUUGAUUUGGCAACAUCGCGGCUGGGUUUCAGUGCCUUGCUCUUCGGCAGGCAAACUACUUGCGCCAACUUCAACUCCACUUCCGUUGCGUGAUUUAAUGGUCCUCAUCGUCAAGGUUAUAAUAUAAUCUUCAGAGUUUGAAUAAUGGACUGUAAUUAAUAAUCAACUGGCUUUGAUUUGAUUGAAUUAUUUGUAAUACAUACACAUGAGAUGUAAUAUUCAGUGAGUAAUUAAA